AUGGCGACGACGACGGGGUCGGGGACGACGUCGCCGACGGGACGCAAGCGCCGGCGCGAGAGCAUCGAGGCGCUCGAGUGCACGAUCUGCUGCGAGUUUUGCACGACGCAGGGCGGCCAUCGCCUCGCGAGCCUCGCGUGCGGCCACUUUUUUGGCCAGAGCUGCAUCGAGCGCUGGGUCAAGACAAGCAAGACGUGUCCGAUCUGCAACCGGGUCGUGAAGCGCAACGACGUGCGCAUCCACUUUACCGAUACGAUCGCAGCCGUCGACAAUGGCCGCCAGGAAGAGUACAACCAAAAGUACUUGGCGGAAAAACAAGCGCGCAUGCAGGCCGAAAUGGACGUGGCGCGGCUCAAGCUGCAGGUCACGACGAUCGCGCAAGAGAUCGAGACGCAAAAACAGCGCAUCAUGGAGCUGCUGGCCGAGAACUCGCGGCUCAAAACCGCACCAAUCGUUCUCUCGGACGACAACGAUGAUGACGACGACGAUGACGAGGAAGCGGACGAGGCGAAUGCCACUGCACGGCUCGAGUACACGCGCGUGAACGACGGGCCGAUUCCUUGCAUUGAAGCCCGCGUCUGCGGCUUCUCGUCGACCUGUGACAUGGUCUGCAUUGGCACGCGAACGCAUGUGGCCAACGACGAUGGUGCCCAGCACGGGCUGCUCCAGGUGAGCACGCUGGAUGUGCACCACCGCGUGUCGAUUCCGUUGCACAAGUCGCCUGUCCGCGACCUCGGCUUCUCACACGACGAUGCUCUUGUCGCAACCACGGCCUUUGACGCCAAGCUUCUCCUCACCAGUACAAAGUCCCACACGUGUGUACUCAAGUACAACCUUCCGUUUCCUGGCUGGUCGUGCGCGUGGGAUGUGGCCAAUCCGUGUCUGAUUUACUGCGGCCACCACAAUGGCCAGAUCUCGGUAUUUGAUAUUCGGCGCACCGGGUCGCCUGUCCAGAGUCUGGCCCAUCAGCUCAAGCAGCCCGUGCACUCGAUUUGCACCAUGCAGCACGGCUCUACCAAGACCAUUGUGGCGGCGACGUUCACAGGUGUGUCCAUGUGGUACGCCUCGGACGGCGUCACGGUACCGACCGACCCGAGCUUGAACAUGGAAGUCAAAAAUUGCUUUUCGAUGGGCCACAACCAAGUCCGGCCGACGCAGUUGAUCGUCUCGACACGGACACAACUGCCAUCGUCCCCGGCCCAACACUUUGUCUUGUCGGUGCAACAGACCAACAACCAGCUACAGACCGUGUCGGAUGCAGUCGUUCAGGGCCACCGCACGCCGUCGGCGCUGUCCCGGUCGGCCAUGUGGCACCUACCGCAUCAAGGCAGCCCGGUGGUUGCGUCGGCCGACGAUGAUUCGCACCAGUUGUGGCUCUGGGAGACAACGUCUGGUAACGUUGUGCGCAAGCUCGACCCGAAGUUACCGUCGUCGAUCGUCGAUGUUCAGCACGGGAUUGUCCCGAACGUCGCGGCCGAGCAAGGCUGGCUCGCCGUGAUGAGCAAGGAGGCGCUCGUCCUGUACAAGUCGACGGCGUCGGCCAAUACUAGCACCCAGCGCACCUCGUCGACGUCGUUCUUUAGCUCGGAUGGACAGCUCGGCCUUGGCGACAGCGCGGACCACGCCGAGCCGCGGCCGCUUGACCUCGGCGCCUUGCACAGCCCGUUGGCGCUGGCCGUGGGCGGCUGCCAUAGCGCUGCUGUGGAUGCAACUGGCGCGCUGUACAUGUGGGGCAGCAACGCCCACGCCCAACUGCAUCUCGACGCACCGACGGCGCAUGCACCUGUAAAGAUCGCGAUCGAGGUAGGCCCGCCCGUCACGCUUGUGCGCUGCGGCUGGUCGCAUACCAUCGCUGUUGCCACGCACGCCGAUGGGCUCUCGGCGGUCUAUAGCUGGGGUAGCAACCAGCACGACCAGCUUGGCCAGUCACCGCCAGACAAAGCAACCCUCUGUCGCGAGUGGCUGGAAGCACUCGCGACCAGCGAUGGCCGAGUGUUUGCCUGGGGCCAUGGUCGGUCGGGCGAGCUCGGACUUGGGCCCGAGACGCUUCGUGCACCAACACCCACAGUGGUGCCAAUCGACGGUGCCGUCGCAGCGGUCUACUGCGGGUGGCAGCACUCGGUGUUCCACUUGACGUCCAAGGGUCUUGUCGUUGCUGGCAGCAACCGACACGGGCAGCUCGGGCUUCGCAACGAGAGUCGCAAGCAGGUCUUUGAAGCCACGCCGAUCCUCGAGGCAGAUACCGCCGAGCCGUUCCGCUGUGACCACGUCGCUGUUGGGUGGCAUCACGUCGUGAGCGUUCGUGACGGCGCCGUCUUCUCGUGGGGCAAAGGCUCGUUCGGUCAGCUCGGCCAUGGCGGUGUCGACGCAGAGCGUACACCACGCCGCCUGGUUAUGGACGAGCGCAUUAACCACGUGGCGUGUGGCUCGGAGCACUCGCUUCUUGUAACAGCGAGCGGGAGACUCUACUCGUGCGGCUGGGGCGAACACGGGAAUCUGGGGCACGGCAACACGCAGAACGUUGCGAGGCCGACGGCCAUUGCGUACUUUGACACGCAUCACCUGCGCGUGCUCUCGGCGGUGGCGGCUGGCGCGACCUCGUUUGCCAUGGCGACCAGCCAGCGCACUUGAUAUCGAUAGCCUCAGCAUUAAGAGAGGCUUGAAGUAGAGAAAAUCCAAGGCCGCUAGUGAGUCUGUGUGCAGGUGCUACCAGUUCGUAGUGUAGAGAUUCUACGGCGGCUGCACACUUGCGCUUCUCGCAACGCGAGACUCGAAUGAAUCCGUGAUCUUUAGCCC